AUGGCCAUAUCAAUCAAUCAACAACUGGUAUCUGUUUCUAAAAUCAUCAUAAUAUUCGGACUUCUUUAUCUUAUUAUUAGUUUUUAUAGUCAAGGUAAGUCAUUUUAUGCUUUUUCUUGCUGUACUUCACCCUAGCCUCAUUUACCCUAUCCUACUGUAACUUUCUUUGCCCUACUUUAUUUCACUCUACUCUACAAUUACCUGUUUUUCCUGCCCUGCUCUUCAAUGACUUACUUUUAUCUGUCCUGCACUGCAGUGCCGUGCUUUGCUAUGCCCUUUCGGGCUCUGCUUUUCCUUGUCUGGUCGUCUCCUGCCUUGUCUUGGCCUGCCCUACCAGUUGAAUUAAUUAGAAAUAUUUUCAGAUUACACACCAGAUGCCAUAGGACAAAUAGAGCAAAUAUCAGUUAGACUAAAGUAUGUUUUCUGAUUUUUAACAAUUGUAAAGAAACCUAUCUACUUUAAGAAGAUCAGCACCGGAUAAGUACAUAGGACUGGCAUUUGGGUCUUGCAAUGGAUUGGCUAAUCAGGUAAAGCUAAUCUACUCUACUUUACUUAACCUUACUAUACCUUACCUUACUCUUUGUAGUGAAUAGGCAAAAGGGGGUAUGUAUAACGUUAUAUAUUGUCAUUCCAGAUGCAACGCCACGCAUCUCUACUAGGCAUAGGCAAACAGAUCAAUCGAACGCCGUUUAUCGAUGAUCGUAGUGCUUGUUCUCGAGCUGUGCUACCUGAAUUAGUGGCUGCAAUGCCAAACUUUUACAAAGGAAUCUUAUUGCUACGACCAAAUCAACCUAAAAAGGCGGCUGUUCCUUUCAAUGUUAACAUCUGUCAGUUUGUCAACGCUUCAGUGUGAGUUUGGGUUUUUAAUUAUACUGUAGGAUAAGAUACGAUACGGUAAUGUGGGGUGGGUUAAAGCAGCGCAGAGUAAACAAAGGCAAGGAAAGCAAAGCACGGCACGGCAAGGCAAGCCAAGCCAAGCCAAGGCAAGACAAGACAAGGCAAGGCAAGAAAUGCAAGGCAAGGCAAGGAAAGGCAAGGCUGGGUAAAGUAGAUUAGGGUAAAGUAGGCUAAAAUAGGGUAAUUAGUUUCAGUUGCAACUUAGAACAUUGUUUUAGGCUAGAUGGCAAGUACGAAUCAGAAAAGUAUGUUAAACUUCGAUCCUAUCUUCUGCAAUCUUACAAAUAUUUUCAUUAUAUGAAACCUGAAAUUCGAGAAGUUUUCAAGUUUUCGGUCGAACAAAACGAUUUUGUGAAUCGAUUUGCAAUGGAACUUAUGGGGUACGCUUUUAACUUUAUUUUUUUAUUGAUAUCCUUGAAUAAAACUCAAUUUUCUACGGAUUUUUUUGACCAAAAAUUGUUUUUUUUGUCUGGUUUUAGAUUAAAAAUUAAUGUUCUAUAAAGUUUUUGACUAAAAAAAUGAUUUUUUUAUAACUUUUUGAACUAAAAAUGCGUUUUUCUAUGAAACUAUUGACCCAAAAUUUUACAACUUCAGUAACUCAACAUCCCAUAAGGUAUGUGUUCACAGUAGGAGAGGUGACUUUGUCCACCAUCCCUUCUUGUUGGCAUCUAAACAUUCAUUUACAAAUCCAGCACUCCAAUUCAUAACGAAUCGACUAAAGAAGGAACAUAAGAACCUUGGCCUAAUAUUGAUUGGCGAAGACAAGAAGUUCGAUAAGGACGUGAAGUAUGAUAAAAAUGUAGGUUUUUAUAAGAUACGAAUGAGAGAUCAUGUAAGGUAGGUUAAAGACAUAGUAGAAGUAGGGACAAAGGCAGGACUAAAGCUUUGGAUUAGGGCUCUGGGCUAGGGCGAUGGGUUAGGGCUCUGGGCUAGGGCUUUGAGCUAGGGCUCUGGGUUAGGGCUCUGGGUUAGGGCUCUGGGCUAGGGCUUUGAGCUAGGGCUCUGGGUUAGGGCUCAGGGUUAGGGCUCUGGGCUAGGGCUCUGGGCUCAAAAUUUAGUACCAGGCAUAUUUUUUGGUACAAUCCUACAUGUCUACAUGUAAUGAUUCCAGAUUUUCAAAGAAGUGUACCACCCCUCCGGCCUGAGUCGUACUCAAGACAUGCUCUUCUCCUCAAAAUAUUGUGAUACCCUACUCAUAACAGCCUCGGGCUCAACGUUUGGCUGGUGGAUUGGCUACUUAAUGGCAGAGGAAAAACAAAAAAAUAUUUUUUAUAAUUUUGUCGCAACUAAAAAUGCCAAAGAUUGCCGCGACAGAUACGACUUUGACACAUAUCCUCCGGAAUGGACUCGGCUACGGCUUCAAAAUGGUACUAAUGGUCAUGUUGUAGUGGAAAAACGAUGGCACAAGGAGAUUGUACAGCAAGAAAAGGCUGAAGUUUAUAGGAAAUGGCUCAAAUUUUAG